AGUCGCGGUCUAUUGAUUAUUCUAUGAAAAAUUCACGCGGUUCCAUCAUAUCAUUUUCUGAAUUUGUUCUCUGGAUUGAGGUGACUUCGACGAAUUGGCGCACGGCACGGCGUCGGAAGAAGAUUGGAGGCAAGGGAAUUGAAUUCGGAUCCGUCUGGUGUUCCGUGAAAAUAAUACGAAUAUCACAUUCCAUUUGGUGAUUACGAAGAUACAGAUUUAAGUUGUGUUUGAAAGUGGAUACAAACGCGAACUCCCCUAGAACCAUUUCUAAGAAUGGGCCUCGUUUAUCUGGGCCGAUGGGCUGUGGAAGUGGGCAAGGCCGUAGCCUACCCUCCUAGCUGCUCCGCUUUUCCAGUUUUCAGUCUCUGCUGUAGCAUGGGAUCCAGCUUGGAGCUGGGAAAGAGUUCAAGCCACCGCCAUAACUCAAAAUGUCCUGUUCGACCGCGUAGCGACUUGUAUUGUGUGUCAACCAAGGGGACCAAUAUUGCUCGGGAAACAUCGUACCGCCAAGCUAACAGAGUCGAACAGAGUCCAAUAGGAGAGGACGAAGUUGUUAGGCAUAUGUCAAACUUGCCUGCUUAUCUCCUUCACACACGCAGAGUAGAAAAUCUCCAAGACAAGGUUUUGAAUGUUGGGGUUCUCGAGUGGACACGGCUUCAGAAUUGGAAGCACCACCAUAUUCGCUGUCCAACACGAGCUAAAGAUGUUGCUAGCUGUUCAAAUACUGCAAUCAAGGGGCGGAAAAAAAUACAAAGGAAUUACACAUCAUCCUCAUUACAGGGAAAUGUUUCAAACCUGAUGCAACAAAAAGAAAGGACAAAGCGUUCAGGUGGGACGAUGAGUUAUUCAGAAAUAUUUUCUCCACCCGGUAUUCUCUUCUCUUCUGAAUGUCCACUGCCUUCUUUAGCCGACGUUAAUAAUCCCAUGAUGGGUAGAAUGCAACAUCCUCUGCUCUGUCAUACUACCGCACAACUUUCAUGUUUGAGACCCUCUGGAGGUAAACAAACGGAAAAAGGAGAGUCGGACAUUAAGCUUACCGGUUGUCCAGGUAGUUCCGAUCCAAACAAAUCUGGUCUUGUGAUGUCUGAAAAUACCAGUUGUCCACAUAGUUCAGAUAGGAAGAAAAUACCUUUUAAAAGGUUGAUGAAGCCAAUACUGAAGCAUAAAUCCUCAAAUCCUCAACAUCCUAUUGAAGGAAACGUCAACUCAUUAGGCCGUUGCCCAACUGGUGUUGGCAGUGCUCACGACAAGAAGCAUGCUGAAUCACCAAUGCAGGGCCUUUUGCAGUUCACCAUAAUGAAUGGUUUUCCGUUGUUUAAAUUAUUGGUGGAUAACAACAGAAAUGUGCUUGUAGCCACGGCUAAAGAUUUAACCCCGUGUGGGAAGAAUGGAGCAGCAGGGCAGAGUUGUUAUACAUUCUACCUAGUUAAUGAAAUCAAAAGUAAGACUAGUGGUUGGAAACGACCAGGGAAUAGGGAUAGAAGUUAUGGCUAUGCCUGCAGCGUCAUUGGACAAAUGCAAUUGAAUUCCGAUUAUGAAUACAGCAACGGUAAAUGUAUGAUGAUAACAGAAUCGAUUUUGUUUGGUGUUGAGAUGAGACCAGAAGAUCCAGAAUCAGCAAUCAUAAUGAAAAAUAGAGAACUUGCAGCCAUUGUUUUAAAGGUUCCUACCGAAAACCCGAAACAUGAUGGGCAACAAAGUUGUAACGUUUUGAUAGAGAAUGGCAUGAAGUUUUUGUCAGAGGAUAAUGGUGUAGUAAUACUUCCGGGGGAUGUUCAUGGGUCACCAAGCAGCGGACAGCCUUCCACAUUGAUCAAUAGGUGGAGAUCUGGCGGAGUUUGUGACUGUGGUGGUUGGGAUAUUGGUUGCAAACUGCGUGUGCUUUCCAUUCCGAACAAACUAAUUACAUCCAAGGCGUGUCCUAUUUCCAUGUGCCUCCAACUUUUUGUUCAGGGAGGUGAACAAGAUAAGCCCGUCUUCAGCAUGACACCCUUGAAGGGUGGGUUCUUUGAAGUUUGUUUCGAUUCCUCCAUCUCUCUGUUACAGGCGUUUUUCAUAUGUGUUACAAUUCUAAAUGGUCAGAAAAAAAGAUGAAGUAUCCCAAGACUAAUGGAAUUAAUACAGUCCGUGAAAGUUAGGUUUGUUUCCUUGUAUCUAAUCUUUUGCUUGGUUGAUAAAUCAUAUCAAGUCCAAACGUGUUGAC